AUGCGCGCCGCAACACUUGCAUUUAUGACUACUAUCCCCUCCGCUUUUGCGUUUUCGCAAUAUGCGUCAACGGCAUCUGUUGGCAGUAACACUGAAUUGGGCAUGAUUUCCCGUAGAGAGAGCUUGGCAGGACUAGGACUUGCAUUUGGAGGUUUGCUUUUUCCCGAUGCAAGUUCUGCGGCGAACAAUCCUGCCUUGCAAACAUUUAAAGGACGCAAGGGUACCAAGGGUGCUUUCAUUCCUGGCAAGGGAAUGCGAAACACUGAAGAAUACGAAAACUUGAUGGCUGCUAACAACCCCGCCCUGCAAACUUUCAAGGGACGCAAGGGUACAAAGGGUUCUUUCAUUCCUGGCAAGGGAAUGCGAAACACUGAAGAAUACGAAAAAUUGAUGGCCGCUAACAACCCUGCCUUGCAAACUUUUAAGGGACGCAAGGGUACAAAGGGUGCUUUCAUUCCUGGCAAGGGAAUGCGAAACACUGAAGAAUACGAAAACUUAGUUGCAGCUAGCAACCCCGCUCUUGCCACUUUCAAGGGAAGUAAGGGUACGAAGGGGGCCUUUAUCCCAGGAAAGGGUCUUCGAGAUAAUCAAGCCUUCGAAAAUUUGAUGGCUGCUAACAAUCCUGCCUUGCAAACUUUCAAGGGACGCAAGGGUACAAAGGGUGCUUUCAUUCCUGGCAAGGGAAUGCGAAACAACGAAGAAUUCCAAAACUUGGUUGCAGCUAGCAACCCCGCUCUUGCCACUUUCAAGGGAGGCAAGGGUACCAAGGGAGCCUUCAUCCCAGGAAAGGGUUUACGAAUGAAUGAAUCAUUCAAUAUUUUCAUAGGUUAA